AUCACAAGAAGAUACCCUGAAAAUUAGUUAGUUGGUCUCUCAAGGUGUACUGAACACAUCUGGAAACAAAGAUGGAUAUUUGUAUACGAUCUACUUUCGUAACAUUUAUGUUAGCGAUUUUGAUCGUAGAUAGUUAUGCAAGAUGCUUUUUUCAGAAUGAUGUUCCAGCACCUUUAAUUCGGAAAAAGCGAGCAUUUACAUGCGCCGACUACCCGCCGAACCAUUCCGCCUGUCUGACUGACAAGGGCACCGUCCAGCAACUGUCCGCGGCGGAGAAACAGGCCAUCCUCGACAAACACAAUCAGCUCAGGGACGGCGUCAGUCCUGAAGCAACCAACAUGCAGAAAAUGUAUUGGGACGAAGAACUGGCUGCUACUGCUGCUAAAUGGGGUGCACAGUGUCAGAGAGGUCAUGAUGCCAACGACGCCAGAUCUUCAAACAAAUACGCCGGUGUGGGUAUUGGACAGAAUAUGGCGUAUGGAUACUCCGACUUCAUGGCUGCUAUCGAUGGCUGGUACAGCGAAGUUUCAUACUUCGCAUACGGGACAGGAUCAACCAAUGGAGAGGCCGUCGGCCACUAUACUCAGGUGGUGCAAGCCACGUCUGGAAGAGUAGGAUGCGCCAAGAUUGACUGCACAGGACUCAACAAGUUUAAAACAUUCUAUGCGUGCAACUAUGCUACCGGACAAACGUAUGAUAUGAAAAAAACCCUAUUGUACAGGAGCCGACGUCCUACAUGUGGAACCAAGGAUGGAAACUUAUGUGACUGUGGUGGAAAAAUCUGUCUUAACCAGGCGACUCUCGAUGUGGCAACAUGCACCUGUACAUGCAAAUAUGCUAUACAUGGCGGAGAGUUUUGCGAGAAAAUCAACUGUCCGACUGCCAAUCAGGAUUACCAGUCUUGUACAGACCCAGCGAAGGCCGACAACUGUAAGAAGUAUGGAAACUGGGGACCUCAGUACUGCCCUUUCUUCUGUGGCUUGUGUCCAAACGAUUGCAGUAUUACCUGUCAAAAUGGCGGAGUUGUCAAUGACGUCAAGUGUAUCUGUAACUGCCCUGAAGGUUUCUCCGGCAAAAACUGUGAAACAGCAGAUGCCAGUGAUGUGGACGAAUGUGCGCUAGGUACAGACAACUGUGACGCCAACGCCGACUGUACAAACACAGAUGGAUCUUUCACCUGUAAAUGUAAAACGGGAUACACCGGGGACGGCGUCACAUGUUCAGAUGUUGACGAAUGUCAAACUGGUGCCCACAAAUGUGAUGCUAACGCUGACUGUACGAACACAGCCGGGUCUUUCACCUGCGCAUGCAGAGCUGGAUACACCGGAAACGGACAAGCGUGCACGGACAUUGAUGAAUGUCAGUCUGGUGCCGCCAACUGUGACGCUAAUGCUGAUUGUACGAACACAGCCGGGUCCUUCAGCUGCGCGUGCAGAGCUGGAUACACCGGAAAUGGACAGACAUGCACAGAUGUUGAUGAAUGUCAGUCUGGUGCCGCCAACUGUGAUGCUAAUGCUGAUUGUACGAACACAGCUGGGUCUUUCAGCUGCGCGUGCAGAGCUGGAUACACCGGAAACGGUCAAACGUGCACGGACAUUGACGAAUGCCAAACUGGUGCCGACAACUGUGAUGCUAACGCUGACUGUACGAACACAGCUGGGUCUUUCAGCUGCGCGUGCAGAGCUGGAUACACCGAAAACGGACAAACGUGCACGGACAUUGACGAAUGCCAAACUGGUGCCGACAACUGUGAUGCUAACGCUGACUGUACGAACACAGCCGGGUCCUUCAGCUGCGCGUGCAGAGCUGGAUACACUGGAAACGGUCAAACGUGCACGGAUAUUGACGAAUGUCAAACUGGUGCCGACAACUGUGACGCUAACGCUGACUGUACGAACACAGCCGGGUCCUUCAGCUGCGCAUGCCGAACUGGAUACAUCGGAAAUGGACAAACGUGCACGGACAUUAAUGAAUGUUUGACUGCUGCCGACAACUGUGACGCUAACGCUGAAUGUACGAACACAGCCGGGUCCUUCACUUGCGCAUGCAAAGCUGGGUACACCGGAAAUGGACAAACGUGCACAGAUGUUGACGAAUGUCAAACUGGUGCCGACAACUGUGACGCUAACGCUGCCUGCACAAACAAAGCCGGGUCAUUCAGCUGCACGUGCAACUCUGGGUACACCGGAAAUGGACAAACGUGCACCGCUGUAACGUCCAGUGACGUGGAUGAAUGCGCGCUAGGUACAGACAACUGUGACGCCAACGCGGACUGUACAAACACAGAUGGAUCUUUCACCUGUCAAUGUAAAACCGGAUUCACUGGGGACGGCGUCACAUGUUCAGAUGUUGACGAAUGUCAAACUGGUACCAACAACUGUGACGCUAACGCUGAUUGUACGAACACAGUGGGGUCCUUCAGCUGCGCAUGCAGAGCUGGGUAUACCGGAAACGGACAAACGUGCACAGAUGUGGAUGAAUGUUCAAAUGGUGCCGCCAACUGUGACGCUAACGCCGAUUGUACGAACACCGCUGGGUCCUUCAGCUGCGCGUGCAGAGCUGGAUACACUGGAAAUGGACAAACAUGCACUGAUGUUGACGAGUGUUCAAAUGGCAACGGGGACUGUGAUGUCAAUGCCGACUGCACCAACACAGAUGGGUCAUUCACGUGCGCAUGCAAAUCCGGUUUCACUGGAAAUGGAAAAACCUGCAAUGAUGUAAAUGAAUGUGUUACCGGUGACAACAACUGUGACGCUAACGCCGAAUGCAUCAACAUACCCGGGUCCUUUGCGUGUGAAUGCAGAGCAGGUUUCACCGGAGAUGGACAAACGUGCCAAGAUGUAGAUGAAUGUGCUGCUGGUAGCGACAACUGUGACGCAAAUGCUGAGUGCGUCAACACAGACGGGUCAUUCGCCUGUAGAUGCAUAUCCGGCUUCACCGGAACUGGACAACGCUGCGAAGAUGUGAACGAAUGUUUAACUGGUGGUGACAACUGUGACGUGAAUGCUGUAUGCACCAACAUGGCGGGAUCAUUCAGCUGUGCGUGUAAAUAUGGUUUCACGGGAAAUGGACAAACAUGCAAAGAUAUGGACGAGUGUUCUAAUGGCGCCCAUGACUGUGAUGUCAACGCCGCCUGCACCAACACAGCCGGGUCCUUCACGUGCAAGUGUGACCCCGGCUUUAUCGGAGAUGGAAGAACGUGUAAAGAAUGUUACAAAGACUGUCAAAACGGCGGUGAACUCGAUACGGAAUCGUGCACAUGUAAAUGUAAACAAGGCUUUGGAGGGGAGGAAUGUGAGAACGAAAAUUCAGGACCUUGUGGCGGAAAGGUCUGUCCUGCGGGAUACAGACUGUACACUCACAACUGUUACUGCACCAGUGUUUUAGUGGACUGUUAUCGAAGAGAAUCGAGAAGGUGCUACAGAGCAAAUUGUCGCAAUUACUACUGGCAAGUCGCCUGCCCGCACAAAUGUGAAAAAUGUGGACCCUCUAAGUUGUCCUAUUACCGCAGACCUUCAUACUACUACUACUUCCGGGGUUAGCCACUAGGAAUCGACGAUGCAUCGAACAGUGAAUGAAAGACCGCACUAUUCCACGGCAUUGAUUAAAACAUUAAAAACUG